GCAGGCGGCCAUGCCAACACGGGCUACUACAUGUGGGACUCCUUCGCCGCCGGCGUGGCUCUCUCCGGCAUGCGCCAUGGCGAGGCCGGCGGCGUCAAUGAGUUUGCCGAGCUUGAGUACAUGAACAUCACCGUGGUAACCUCCAACGAACCGUACGGCGCGCGCGACGGCUCGAACCCUUUUUUCGAUGGCCGUGCUACUCCGAAGUUUGGACUGCAAGAGGGUGGAGUUCACAGUGGGCAUGUUCAGACUGGGAUCAGAGAUGCCUUCUGCCUGGUGCCGGGAGGCAACAGAGGAAGAUGUGAGGAUGGAUACACUAAGGAAGUGUCCGGUCCAGAAGCAGUCAGGGUGCACGUCGCAACGAGAGCGAAGCCGAACGCCGAUAAAAGUAGCCCACUGAAUAGGGAAUUUUUCAAGAGCUUCCUAGAGGCUCUAAAUCUCCCAGAAAACGCUGGCCGUUUCAAUAUAAGUACACAGUUCCCACAUUACAGAGAAAUUUUCUACAAGCCAGAUUUCAGGAAUGUAAGCAGGGGUAAGGCAGUUAUUUUUGACGUGGACAUGAGCCCCGGAGAUUUUGUGUCCCUCAUAUACCUCUUGAAGGAACCUAGAGAAGUAAUUGAUCUAAAGGCAGUUUUGGUCAGUGGCAAUGGCUGGGCUAAUAUCUCGAGCAUCGAUAUCGUUUACGACGUUCUACAUAUGAUGGGCCGCGAUGAUGUCCCAGUCGGUCUUGGCAAUACCACUUCAUUGGGCAAUCCAACCCUUGGUUGCAAAAUUUUUUAUGCUAUUCCCCAUGGCAGUGGUGGAUUUAUUGAUUCAGACACAUUGUAUGGAUUGGCUUGGUCACUGCCAAGAAGUCCUAGAAGGUACAUGUCUGAAAAUUUAGAUCAUCCGGAACGCCAGCAGCCACAUGCUUAUGAUGUUUGGCAGUCAAUCAGGAAGCAACUUGGUCCGGGUGAGAAGAUCACAGUUCUUACCAGUGGACCUCUCACCAAUCUGGCCAACAUUUCGCUAUCUGACAUCGAUGCAAGCUCUGUGAUAGAGAGAGUUUAUGUCGUCGGCGGACACAUCAGAGAUAGCGGUCAUGACAAGGGAAAUGUGUUCACGGUUCCAUCGAACAGAUAUGCAGAGUUUAACAUGUUCCUUGAUCCACUGGCUGCAAAAACAAUCCUAGAAUCCAGUCUGAAUAUCACACUCAUCCCUCUUACCGUGCAACGAAAGGUUGCUUCAUUUGAGGGUAUCCUUGCAGCUUUGGAGCAACACACGCAGCAUACUCCCGAAUCAAGGUUUGUCCAUGGUUUGAUCUCGCUGCUACAGAAACUUCAGAGGAAACAGAAAUUGUAUGAUCACAUGGACAUAUUUCUGGGAGAAGUUCUUGGUGCAGUUUACAUGGUCCAAGGAUCUAACUUGGAACCCUCUGUGAAAGUAAAGCCAGUAAGCAUUGUUGCCAACACAACCGAAAGUACAGAUGGGCAAAUUUUGUCCAGGAGAAAGAGUGCAAACCAACUGAAAAUACUUUAUAAUUUAAACAAUGGAGUAUUUUACAACCAUCUGGCAAAUUCAUUGGCAAAUGAUAAGCAAUCUGCCGUUGUUGGGAGCUUUGAAGAGCAAAAGGCAAUUUGGAGCAGGCCACAAAAACAGUUCAUGACAAACAUAGCAAAGGAUAUGAAAUAAGUAUGUUCUGAAGCAAUAUUGCUGGGAAAUGAUUAAGAUUAGCUACCAAAGGUCAAAACAGUUUACAACAUAUUUCAUCAUUUUUAGUUUCCAAAAAUAGAAAGGGAUAUCAACAGAGUUACAUUUGUAUGAAAGGGAAUUAAUAAAGCAAUAAAAUUUAUAUAUAUUUCUCCCAAUGGGUUU